AUUUGUAGAAAUAUAUUUUUUAUGCCAAAUGUCAAUUACCAUGUCUCGUAUUUUUAGACCCUACUCUGUUAUUCUACAUACUAUGGUCGGAGAUACUUCCAUAACCAUAAAGGUCGCAGCUACAUUUCUGUUUACGCUGUACAUAAUUUUAAAGUAGUGGUUCUAUUUAAGUCGAGCUAUUUUUUUUCCCUUUCUCGCUAGGGACGAAACUGUACAAGGCUGGAUAAAAUAAUAACAACUUUUAUUGCUGGACGUCACGAAGACGAACUUUAUUUCUCUGCUCAGAUAAAGCGAAAACGGCCAGAGUCAAUGUUUAAAAGCUCCGCUGUAAUACAUCAAACUCGAAAUCACGUGAGGCUUAUCUCCCUUCUGCAUAUAACUCGAUAUGCAUGUUUUAUUGCAGCUGGGGAAGAGCGCAGAGAAAAGUUCGACCGGUUCCCGUUUCUUUUUGAAAGGCUCUCCUCCGAGCUCCGUUUUGCAGGACGAGACAUUGCGGGCUAAAAUGACUCCAUUGAGGAAAAGCAUUACUUUGUACCUACUUUUCAGCUUCUGUCGGGGACUGUCUGCUCUCGGUCAAUUCUGGCACAUCACAGACCUCCACUGGGACCCAAAGUACAAGGUGACAGAUGAUCCCAAGACUGUCUGUCCAUCCAGUGGCUCCCAACCUGUGCCGAAUGCUGGGAAGUUUGGGGAUUACCUCUGCGACUCUCCCUGGGCUCUGAUCAACUCCUCCAUCUGUGCCAUGAGAGACAUCCUGCCUGACCCAGAUUUUAUUGUCUGGACUGGGGAUGACACACCUCAUGUGCCUAACGAGCAGCUGGGGGAAGAAGCUGUCCUCUCCAUCAUUGGUAACCUCACAGACAUCAUUCGGCAAGUGUUUCCAGAUACCAAAGUCUACUCUGCUUUGGGCAACCAUGACUUCCACCCCAAGAGCCAGCUGCCUGGGGGGCCCAACUACAUGUACAACAGGACCGCUGAGCUCUGGCAGGCCUGGCUGGAACCGGAGUCUCUGCACACCUUCAGGACAGGUGGAUACUACACAGAGAAGCUGCUAAACCGUACUGGUCAGCGAGUAAUCAUCCUCAACACUAACCUCUACUAUGACCAAAACAUGCAGACUGCAGAGCUAGAGGACCCAGCUGGCCAGUUCAAGUGGAUGGACAAUGUACUGACCAAGGCAGCUGUUGAUCAAGAAAAGGUCUACAUCCUAGGACACGUGCCUCCGGGCUUCUUCGAGAAGAAGCGUCUGAAAGCGUGGUUUAGGCCCCAGUUCAACAGGUACUACCUUCAGCUCAUCCAGAAGCACCACGGAGUUAUCGCCGGCCAGUUCUUCGGUCACCAUCACACCGACAGUUUCCGCAUGUUCUACGACUCCAAUGGGACUCCUAUCAGCACCAUGUUCCUGGCUCCAGGCAUCACCCCCUGGAAGACCACUUUGCCCGGCGUGAAGAAUGGUGCCAAUAACCCAGGGAUCCGAGUCUUUGAGUAUGACCCCAGCACGCUGCUCGUACAGGACAUGGUCACGUAUUACCUGGACCUGACCCGCGCCAACCUGGCCGGGGCGCGCUGGGAGAAGGAGUACCGGCUGAGCGAGGCCUUCCGCUCGCCCAGCGCCUCGCCGGCCGCCAUGCACGGGGUGCUGCGGCGCCUGGCCCGGGAGCCCUGCGCCCUGCAGAGGUACCACGAGCUCAACUCCGUCGGCUACGACCCCUCGCCCUGCGACGCGGCCUGCCGGGCCGACCACGUCUGCGCCAUCCGCGAGGUGGACUUCCUGGCGUACGAGCGCUGCCUGGCGGUAGAGGGGGCGUCUCCGGCGCGGCUGCGGCUGCCGCCCCUCCUGCUGGUUCUCCCGGUCACACUCCUGGGGGCUGUGGUGUAGCCCAGGCGGUUCUGGUAGCCCUGGUAGGAACCCCAGCACUAACAGCUGAUACCAAAGCAAACAAGUACGUUCAGCUGCAGUCCCAUACUCUUCAAUUCCAUCUCACGCCACAGCCUACAGACAACUCCCAGGAUCCCGUUUUCCAGUUUUCUAUUCUCUAGGUUUGUGGCAGAUGUAAUUACUUAAGAUCCACAUGGCCGAUUCCCAGUUUUCCCAAACCACACCCGCAGCUACACAGAUAACACACAUUUUGGAAUGUUUUGCUGCAUUUAUUCCUGUGCAAAGGGCAUCUUUCAACAAUCGUGUAGAUGCUCCUUUGGAGAAUGUUCACCAGAGACUAUUUCCACUAUCAGGGUUUUAUUUCAGCUUUAGCUGGUGCACUUGAAAGGCAAGUACAGAAAUUGAACAUUGCACAUGAGAUAAGGACUUCUCUCACCUUUGAUCCCUCUCUCGUUUCCCUGAAGCCGAAGAGGAAAGCGAUCCGAACUGUUGCCUUGUGAAAAUGUGCCGUGUUAAUUGUAGCUGAAGACUGGUAAAUAAACUGAUAAAAGCUAAUACUUUGAGGGCACACACAGUCUGACUCUGUAUUUGUCUGGAUGGUGUCGGCAGCUAAUAAAAGUGACAGCUCUUUAAAGAAAGAGGGAACUAAACUCAAGUACAGCCUAUUAGUAAAUUGUACAGUACAACAGCUUACCUGCCAUUCACACUGGCUGGAAAUAUUCAUCUGAGAACCUAAUUAUUUAAU